AUGCACAGCCAACUACGUAGGAGAACACAUUCCGAUCACUCAUGCGGAAUAACGGCUACCGGUAGACUCGACAUCUUCAAUUCCUCGUUGUGGUUGACGGCGAGGCGCUUGGUCGACCAUGAGGCGAUCAACAAGCGCACGUCCUCGUGCUCAACGGAACCUACUCACCCCCGUAGACAAGACGACAAUAUUAUGGUCAUAAAAUGGAGAAAAAAGAAAAACAUGCGGUUUGAUGAUGCAUCCAGUAAUUGA